AUGCCGCGACUUCUGCAGCGCACCCGUCGACCCGACGCGGCGUCAUCUGGACAGCAGCCGCCUGACGAUGCUCCCCUCGAGCUGCCGCCCUACGAGCCGCCGUCACAUCCCAUGGACGAAACAUUCAAGCGGAAGCUCGCAGCUCUCAACGGUAGCCGUGAGACAGACAGUGCGAGGCGCCAGUACGAAGCCCACCUCUCCAAAUCGUCCACCUACCUGUUCGAGAGCGUCGGCAGCAUCAAUGACAUUCUCUUUGCUCGCAAGCGCUCGCUCGCUCACAUGAUUGAGAAGCGGCGGGCCCGUGGCGAGGAGGGCACGAGUGAUGUCCAUUUGACCGACUCUUCCGAGCAAGCGCUGCGUUGGGUGAUCGAUUGCCCGCGCCGAACUUCGAGGUACCAUCAGGCGGAUGCUGGAGCAGCGAUGAUCGAAGACGGCGGCGCGGCUUCCGGAGAUGCAGAGGAAGAGGAGGAUGAAGGCGAGACAGCCGCUGAGGAUGUACCUCCAUUGGCCGGCGUGAGGGAGCUGUUGGAAGCCGCCCGCAAAGCCAAGAUGGACGAAUACGACGCUCUGAGCCCCCACCAGCGGUAUGCCACCAACAACGACUACAUCUCGUUCAAAAAGAAUUGGCAUGAUGCGCUACACCCGGAGGAUCAGGUCCCCGUUCCCGAUCCGUCGACCUGGUUCGACGAGCAUGGGAGGCCAACCAAGGAUGCCGUGGCGGAUGCAAACGAGGACGACGACCUCGUGGUCGAGCGCGAAAUCAUCGAUCUAAAGUGUCCGCUAUCAUUGCAGAUUAUGAAAGAACCCUACAGCAACCACCGGUGCAGGCACACAUUUGAAAAGAUGGCCAUCAUGGAAUUCAUCCAGAGUAAUGGCGGCAUGGCGAAAUGCCCUGUCUGCUCCGAGGACCUGCGCAUCAAAGACCUGUACCUGGAUGAGGUGGUUCUUCGGAAAGUCAAGCGGGCCGCCGAAGCCGCUAGGCGAGGAGUCGAUGACACUUCUGAUAUUGAGCCCGAAGACGAUGAUUCUAGUAUGAUUGUCGGGAAAUCCAUCAACAUCAAGAAGGAGAGAGGUCACACCCGACGCCGGAUGGAUGAAAUCGACGCAGACGACGACUGA